AUGGGCAAGAAGUAUGAACCAGUUCCCAACGAAAUGAGGAAACAACUGAUAGAGCUAAUUCAUUCUAAAGGCUAUUCGAUUGCUAAGGCUGCAUUAACCACAGGGAUAUAUUAUCCAACCGCAAAAGCCAUUAACAAAGUUUUUGUGAAGGAAAAUCGAACUCAGAAAAAAGCUUUUCGCUUCAGACUUAAAAAUAUAGAGAAAAAUUUCGUGGUGGUCAGAUAGAAAAUUCUAGUCGAGAAGCCUAAUAAUUUUACUCAUAAUGAAGAAAAUCAAAAAAAUCACUUGAUAUGUGGGAUCAAAGCUAAAAAAAUGUUAGAUAACAAAAAUGUCAAUGUAACGAGCAAAUAAUUAUUGUAAAAACAAUCGAUAGAAAUAUAGUAGUAAAUCAGAGCAAGAACAGAGGUUACGUAGGAUUAUACUACUGCACAGCCCUUAUUCGAUUUCCGCCCCUAUAAGGAGAAAAUUUCAAUUGGGUCGAUUUACUCUCCAUUUUUGCAUAGCUUAAAAUAGAAACUUAUGGAUAGCAGUAAUUUCAAAAUUUCAAACCAAGAUAAAAAACUUUAAUUCAUUACGAGUAAUUACUAAUGUCACGGAUUACUCAGAAAUGAUGGAAAAUUAUUCAGAAAUUCUACUGAAUCGACACUAGAAAAGCUUAAUCUUAAAGACUAUUUGAAUCUUAGGACUAAAAAUAAUCUCUAAAUUUAUUUAAGUGACUCCUAAAAAUAGUAAAAGGGAUCAACAGCCUCCUCAUAAAUUCAAAGUCCAUGUUUUAAUAGCUCUGUAAACUCAAAAUAAUGCACUAAUUCUCCUUUAAAAGUUACUCCUUUCAAUGUCUAACAAAAUGAGAUGAAGAGUGCCUAAAAUUCCUUAGGGAAUCUAGAUUGUAAAGAAUCAAAGAGAGAAUGA